AUGGCAGAUUUCGAUGCGAUAUAUCAAGACGAGACGGAUCCUGAGGAGAAUAUAGAAGAAACUCAUGUAACUUUAGUGCCAGAUCCAAUAGUGGUCCGUGGAGCUGGAAAUAUGACUGUUUUUGGUCUAAGCAAUCGCUUCAAUGAUGAAUUUCCUCCUGGGCUACAGUCGCGUGUGGCGCCUGAAGAGUAUCAAGCCACGGUGGCGCGUAUUAACAGCGUACUGAAGAAAACACUACCUGUCAAUGUGAAGUGGUUGUUUUGCGGUUGUAUGUGCUGUUGUUGCACACUCGGAUGCUCUCUAUGGCCGGUCAUUUGUCUUAGUAAAAGGACUCAACAUUCGCUCAACAAACUUCUGGAAUGGGAAAAUAGCAGGCUUUAUAACAAACUGGGUCUUCGCUGGCGACUCACGAAGCAGCACUGUGACUCUUCCUCCAUGAUGGAAUAUGUGUUACUAAUAGAAUAUAUACCCAAAAUACCGAUUUACAGGCCUGACUAA